UCACCAUGCCGUAAACAUUGCAAAACUGCUGGGCAAAUGGUAAAACUCAAAAUCUGAUUGCCGAUUAAAACCUAAUUUUCUUUGAUAUCUGAUAACAUAAAGUUACAGAUAACCAUCCAAGAAUCUCAAGUAAAUAAGAUUCAAUAAGUUAUCUAACGUGUCAAUGUGUUUUUUAAUUCAGAUGAUAUGAAAAUAUAAACAUGUCUCUGAAAAGUUACAGCCAAACUUUGUUUCUGUUAUUAUCAUUAGCAUUCGUUACCCGUGUAACAUACAAUUACUUGACAAAGAAGAAAAAGGCGGAGAAAUGCAAGAAAAAAGAAAUCCAGGAAGUAAUAAUGUUCUCUUACGGCGUGGAAGAAGUUAAAAAGAGUAAAUAUUCGCGCUGCAUGAUAUCAAAAAGUAUGGAUAGAUUAUUGUAUUAUUUGAACCAGCCUCGUCAUACUUUAGAUAUCUGUAUGUAUGUAUGGACUAAUAUGGACAUAACAAACGCUGUACUAAAGUUGCACUAUCGAGGAGUUAGGAUAAGGGUGAUACUAGAUGCUGAUAUGGCGUUUUCAUCUGGGUCAAGUGUAAGAAGGUUAGAAAAGCAGCGCAUACCGGUACGUUGGAUGAAGUCGACGAAUUUGAUGCACCACAAGUUUUGUUUAGCAGACAUGUUAAGUGAAGAUCCCUCAGUAUUGCCAUUUGUGAUGGCCGGUUCCCUGAACUGGACUAACCAAGCGUUGUGCGGCAACUUUGAAGAUUGCUUAGUGACUUCACAAAAGGAAUUGGUAGAACAAUACAGAAGAGAAUUUGAAAGGCUUUGGAUUUUAUUCAAGCCAAUUGUUGAUUAGUGUUUGCCAUAUCAUGGAAUUUCUUGAAAUAACAGUAAAACUGUUGUUCAUACUUUUAUUAUGCAUGUUAUAUUUUUAAUUUCUUUCUUGGUUGACUGUAUGUUGAUCCUCUGUUAAAUGUUGUGUACAAAACAGUACUUUUAAAUGCGCACAUUUAUUAUAACACUGUAAUAUAAGUAAUAAUUAAUAAGUUAGUUCGCUAGAAUUUCAAUUAUUUUUAGUAAUUAAGUAUUAAUUAUUGGUUUCUGUUUCAUUAAUUUAUUAGGUGUAAGCAAGAAGUGUCAUUAUAGCAAUAACCAGCCGUUUCACCUUUGUUCCAGGGAUUUUCUUCCCAUACCCUAGUAAAAUAUAGCCCUAUGUUACUCAGGAAUAUUGUAGCAUUCCUACAGUGAAAGCAUUUAUCAAAUCAGCUCUGUUAUUUCAGAGCCUUUGGGUAUAGAGAAUUAUUUUUUUCUUCCAUGUUAUAUUAGUAUAGAUAGAUAACGUAAAUAAUUAUAAUUCAUUCAGACUAACAUUAUUUUGCUGUUCCUUUCAAAGAAGAGACAAAUUGUUUUGAAAUAAUGUAUGUUUUGAAUGUGAUCAGUAAAUUUUAUAUUUUAUAAAAAAAAAUGCUGCUUAGCAGUGUUGUAGUAUUAACUCAGUCUAAGCAUAAACAAAGCUGUCUUGUUUGCUUGUCCAAAAAUAACUUUUUAAUAUUUUAAUGGCACAUAAAAUUACCAAUUGUUAUAGGUACUUAGUUUAUUAAUUUUAGUGGUAGGCAAGUAUGUACCUAGAGGCAAAAAUUAAGUACCUACUAACUUCAUGGAAAGCAAAACAUGGCCUUUUGUAACAUUAUAAAGGAUUCAAAGAAUCUAAAAUUAUUCGUUAAUUAAUACUCUUAAUUGUAAGUAGGUAUUAAUAGAAAAUGCUAAUUAGGUUUGCAUGUAAGUACCUGUGUUUUACCUAGUUGUUAAGAAUAAAAUGAUUACUUAGUUUU